AUGGUGCUUCAAAGAUUGGAGAUCUGCGUGCAGUUGAUGAAAUUGGCCGUCGAAUUCGUCAUGACGGUGGCUGAAUCAAUCGGCGUAGUUAUUCAUCAAAACGAAUCGCCGGCGGUGGUGACGACUAGCCGGUCUUUUGCUUCUCCGAUUCCCUUGGUUGGAAAAAGAAAUCCCAAGUCCAGCGACGGCAAAGCGACGACAACGAUAACGACAGCGACCCCGAGUUUGUUGUUGGAAGUCAAGGUUAUGCUCCCGAUAAAGGUGAUAUUCGGGGAUGUCACGGUUGCAAAAAGAUUUGAUCCGACCGAGCUGGCUCAUAUACCGAAGACUAGGCUUGGUGAAGGUACUCUAGGGACAUUGUUUAAGGUCGUCCUCGGGUGCGGUUUGGUCGUGACGAUUCGGAAGAUCCGAGAAGGGCUGACGGUGAGCGCCGUUGCACUUGAGAUGUGGGUCAAUUUCUUCGGAGGAAUGAAGGACGAUGGACUGUUGCUGCCUAUACAUUUCAGCUUUUGGUACGGCGGAGAGGCUUUCAUCUUGUAUGAGUAUUUGAUCUUGGGGAGUUUGGAAGAGCUUUUACAUGGCAGUGAAGGGAUUCAAUUCACUCCAUUGAAAUGGGGCAUCAGAAAAAGGAUAGCAUUAUACGCAGCCCAAGCAGUAGCUCUAAUCCACAGCCGAGUGACUCAUGAUGUCGAACCACUCAUAUGUGGUGUGAUCAAGGCCUCCAACAUCCUCAUCCGAGUCGAUUUCUCAGCGUGCCUCUCGAGCUACGAGACGCCGUAUCUUGUGCCUCCGGAAACGAUCGUCAAACGAAACCCGGGUCGAGUGGCGCCCGAGCUCAAGGGUCGUCACCCUAAGACGUUCACUCGAAAGUCCGACGUUUACAGCUUCGGGGUGCUCCUGUUGGAGCUGGUCACCGGGGAAAGGCCCUCGAUGACCAACCUGAGGGCGUACGUGUUCGAGAGGAAAGUGAAGUGGGGAUUGAGCAGUGUAUACGAUAAGAAAAUGGGUGAUCUGGUGAAUGAAAACUUGGCAGGGAUGAUUGAAAUUGCAAGGGCUUGCUUGUUGUGUAAGCCACAAGGUAGGCCUUCCAUGGAGGAUGUGGUCCGGAUGAUCAAAGCAUUGUGA